AUGUCCAACGAAAGGUACACUAGUGAAGAGGUCUACAGGAUUCUCAGCAUGUCAGGUGAGAGCAAAGGGGAAGACUCCCUGACACAAUCAGCCUCAGAAUAUGAACCUGUAGACAGCAGUGGCACCCUGACAGGUAGGUUGAACGACAGAGAAGAGGUCUCUGGUAAGAUCAGGUGUACCCGACCCCAUGAAGCUGAAGUGCUAGGAUCGCUUGACUUGUCUCAUAUGCAGCAGAGUGCCAGUACUAGUACCGCACUACCUUUUGGUGAACUGGCGAGCACCAGCGGCCUAGUAUGUCCUGGUCUUUUUUAUACCAGCACUGCUGUAUCCCUUGGUGACGUGGCAAGUCCCAUAAGUGCAGUACAAGCUGCUGUGGUGGCAAGCACAAGUAUUGUCCCGCAACCACCAAGAAUUCGCACACAGGCCUUUAGAACGCCUAGUGUCCUUCCGGACCUGCUUGCAAAUCCUGAUUGGCAGCCCACAGAUUCUGCAGCACCCGUACUUCCCCCAUUCACUGCCCAACCCAGAAUUCAGGUGGUAACCGCACAUUUAACUACUCCACUUGAAUUUAUGGAGCUGUUUUUCACAGAAGAUUUGUACAAUUUGAUUCUGGCCAAAGCAAUUUACUGUAUAUGCUCAACAAUAUAUCGCCGCAAACCCAAAUUCAACCCUUGCCAGACCAUUCGCAUGGAAACCCAUUACGGUUUCCGAAUGUAAAACUUUUUUGGGCCUAACCCUCAACAUGGGCAUUACAAAAAAAAUUGAGUUGCGGUUGUAUUGGUCCACAGACCCGAUUCAUCAUAUGCCCAUGUUCUCCACUGCCAUAACCAGGUAUAGAUGUGUGACAAUAAUGCGCUUCAUGCAUUUUAGUGAUAACACACUCUGUCAUUCUCGGGGUGACCCUGAACAUGACAGGCUCUACAAAAUUCGGCCCCUCAUAAAUCACCUUAAGGAAAAAUUUGCAGAUGUGUAUACGCUCCAGCAAAACAUCUGCGUGGAUGAGUCCCUCAUUCACUUUACUGGCCGCCUUGCAUUCAAACAGUACAUCCCCAGAAAGCGUGCCAGAUAUGGGGUCAAAUUGUAUAAGCUAUGUGAGAAGGCCACAGGCUAUACUUGUAAUUUUCGGAUUUACGAGGGAAAUGAUAGUCACGUGGAGCCCCCCGGAUGCCCAGACUACAUUGGGAGCAGUGGCAAGAUAGUUUGGGGACUUGGUGUCUCCUUUUUUCCUUAUGCGGUACCACUUAUAUGGGGACAAGUUUUAUACAACUGUGCCACUAUUUAGAGACCUUUUUGAUCUUGGA